AUGAAGUGGGUUUUGUCUCACAUAAACCCAAUCCAAGGGAAUGAGAACCCCACAUUUGAUGACAUGAAGUAUUCCAUCCACAUUGAUGAGAAAUGGUUUUAUCUAAACCCUAAAAAAAGAAGAUUUUAUCUGCUACCAAGUGAGGAAGAUCCCUAUAUGGCUCAACAAUCAAGGAGGUUCAAAUUAAAAGCUAUGUUCAUGGCCAUUAUAGGAAAGCCUCUGUAUGGGACACAUGGGGAACUCCUACAUGAUGGGAAAUAUGGGAUAUUCCCAUUCACACAACAAGAAAGGGCAAAAAAGUCAAGCAAAAACAGACCAGCUGGCACAUUGGUCACAAAAGCACUUCAAAAUGUCAACAGAGAUGCAAUAAGGGACAUGCUACUUCACAAAGUCAUACCAGCAAUAGUGUCAAAAUGGCCAGCAAGGUUGCCCAAAAAUGUGGUGAUUCAAUGGGAUAAUGCAAGGCCACAUCAAAUACCAAGAGAUGAAGAGUUCAUUCAAGUAACACAAGCAAAUGGAUUUAACAUUGAGUUUGUGUUCCAACCAGCACAAUCACCAGAUUUGAAUGUGUUAGACUUAGGUCUAUUUAGAUCUAUUCAAUCUUUGCAAUAUCAAUCUUUUCCAAAGAAUGUAGAUGAACUUGUUGAAAAGGUCAUUGAGUCUUAUAACAAUUUCAAACUAGAAGUAAACAAGUACAUUUGGGUGACAUUACAAAGAUGCAUGAUCAAGAUUCUAAAGGCAGAAGGAGGGAACAAGUAUAAAAUCCCACAUAUGAACAAGAAAAAGCUUGAGAAUUUAGGCAUUCUCCCAAAUCAGAUUGAAGUAGAAAGGAGUAUAGUGGUGGAAGCUGUGGAAUACCUGAACACAAUGUUCAGGCCAGCACCCCAGGGAAAUCAUGAAGCAGAAACAGAAGACAUGGAGGUAGAUGCAGACUAA